CUAGCCUCGUUUUGGCGACUGUGGUGUUGCUACGGUAAACAGUACUGUUGGAAACGAGGCCAUAUAUUUAGUAACACAUUUCCACGGUCAACACUAGUGAAAAAGCGGCUUCUGAAAUGGCGCUUCCUUUCCUUCCAGGACAAGUUUUUGACCGAAAGCUCGGUAAAACAAAAUUUCACAAGACACAUCAAUUCGACUACAGAAACGAUGUCUCAUCGUAUGUUGGUGAAGCAAAGUGCGGAAUUGGAGGAGAUCCUCUACCUGGACAAAAGCUAAAACCUAGACACAGCCAUUACCCCAAAGGCGUUGGAGCCGAGGCCCCAGCUUGGGUUGCCUUUGAUAGACAGGUUUUAUGCUUUGAUGCAUAUUUCCAAGAAGCUGUACACGAGAAGAGAGAAGAGCAGUAUCGAAUUAGAAAAUGUAAAAUCUACUUCCACCUUGAGGAUGAUAGCAUACAAGUAAACGAACCAAAAGUUGAUAAUAGUGGAAUUCCUCAAGGUACCCUCAUUCGCAGACACAGAAUCCCUCUCCCUCCCCCUAACGAUGACCAGUUCUACACUGUGGAGCACUUCAAUAUUGGCAAGGAGAUUGCUCUGUACUCUCGGAUAUUCAAGGUCACUGGUUGUGAUGAUUUUACUCAUAACUUCUUGCGCAAGCUUGGUGUCCGUGUCAAUAGGCCAUCAGAAAUCCCUAAGGAUCCAUACACAGAUCAUCGCAAACAGAUGGUGGAGAGCAUGCAGCCAUUACGUCCUUAUGAGAAAGAAGACACCUUAAAGCAAUUCUUACAACAUGACAGAAGAGUUCUGCGUUUCUACUGCUUGUGGGAUGACACAGAUAACAUGUUUGGAGAUGCUCGCGAGAUGAUCCUGCACUACUUCCUUGCAGAUGACACGGUGGAGAUCCGUGAGGUCAUCCCCCCAAACUCUGGGCGUGAUGCUGCACCCAUGUUUCUUAGGAGGCAACGGCUACCCAAGGAGCCAACCUCUUUGCGUCAGCCUGGUGAAAUCACAGGACGCACUGUCUUGAAUGUCUUUGGACCCAUGGGACACGGAGGGAGAUGGAUUCUUGACAGCCUUAAGACUGGAGCCGUUUAUACUGAUUACUACCAUGAUAGUGACCUUACCAUCGGUUCAGUCCUGAACAUCUGGGGCAGAAAGUUCCAAGUGUGUGACUGUGAUGAUUUCACCAAGGCUUACUAUAAGUCCAAAUAUGGAAUAGACUCUUUUGAGCCAAUCAAAUACAGGGCUCCGCCUGCCAUGUUCCCACCCAGGGAGGUACCCCCAUACAAUGGCUUUGGCUCAGAGGAAGAUUCCUUGUGCUCUUGUCUGAGUCUCAUCCCCAAACCACCAAAGAGGGACUUUAUCAAGUUUAUGGAGAAAGACAGGCAUGGCCUUGAGAGCAAUGUUCUCCGUUUUGUUGGUUGUCUCAACACCACACGUCCAAUUGACAUGGACAGACGAUUCAUCAUCUCUUACUUCCUCUCUGAUGACACCAUCCUGGUGUUUGAGCCACCACAGAGGAACUCAGGCAUCCUUGGAGGCAAGUUCCUGGAAAGAGGGAGCAUCAAAAAGCCAAAUGCGAUGUCCUCCUAUGUUGCUCAGGAUCUGUUCAUUGGAGCGACUGUCCAGUUCUUCAAACAUGAGUUUAUUCUUAUCGACGCUGACGAAUAUGCAGUUGAGUACAUGGAGAAACAUAGUAAUGAGUUUCCUCAAGCCAAUGUCAACUACAUUUUGCCCAAGCUCAAGAACAUUGCAGAUGAGAAGUAUGAGGAACUCAAAGCUAUCUUCGCUGAAAAUGAUGCUGACAACUCUGGAAAAGUUUCUUUCAGUGCUUUUUGGACUGUACUUCACAGGUUUGGUCAGUUUCUAUCUGAGCACGAGAUGCUUACAGUGUCGCGUUAUUUCGCUGAUGCCAAGGCCGUGGAUGAUGACCUGCAGAUGGUUAUAGCUGCCGUCCAGGAACAGCUGAGAAAGGCUAACUUUGAAGACUUCAUCGCUAUGAAGGAGGCGUGUCAAUACGAGGAUAUGCAUGGAACUGGUUUCUUGGAAGCCAAGGAUAUACACAACCUGUGUCGUCGAUUCAACAUUCCGGCAAAGUCAGAACUGCUCGACGAGAUCCUCGCCCGUGCUGAGCGCAAUGCCGAGGGCUUGGUCAACUAUGAACAAUUCCUACGCCUUUUGAACUGGAGAGACUCGCCUGUGAGUGUACAGAAGUUCGUCCCUGUUCAAGCUCCUGAAGCAAGGCCUUCGGAGCGCGUUGGACCCAAGGACCGCGUCAAAUUGAUCAACUACAAGUCUCUUCUACAACAUCUUCUCCAGACAGAGUAAACUUCAGUUUAUUAUAGUUAUUCUUGUACCAAUUCUGGAAAUUCUUACAUAAUUCGUCCACUUUUUACCUUUUCUGCUAUAAAUAUCGAUAGAUAAAGCUUAACUGUUGCUUAAAUUUUUAUGGAAGGAAGUAAAAUACUUUAUUUUCUAAGACAUCGACUCUAUCCUUUAGUUGCGGGACGGAGAAUCUUCAAGCUUUUUAUACAAACUUGUAAAUAAAAUAUGAAUAGUUGUAUUAAAAAUGGUAUAUAAAAACAAAAUAAACGCCAA